AUGUCUGAUACCACUAUUACAACAUCAACCGUUCCUUCUAGGAAAGUCUUUAUGGAUGAUGAUAUCAGAGGUAUUAACUUUCAAGAAAGAGUGAUGAAGGAUGUUCCAGCUCCUGUAUGGAAUUAUAUUCCUGCAAAUGACCUUUUCGAUAAUGAUGGACUUCCAAACAUACAAAAUUUAAAGAAACAUUUACUCAGAGAAGGCAGAAUAAAUCCAAAAGAUGCCAUCAGACUCAUAAACAAGGCUGCAGAAAUUUUGAGAGAUGAACCAAACUUGUUGCAAUUACAAGAUCCAAUUACAGUAUGCGGAGAUGUUCACGGACAAUACUAUGACUUGGUUAAAUUGUUUGAAAUUGGUGGUGAUCCUUCUGGAGAUGUUAAAUAUCUUUUCUUGGGAGAUUACGUUGAUAGAGGUUAUUUUGGUACAGAAGUUUGUUUCUUGUUAUUGUCCUACAAAAUCAGAUAUCCAAAUUCCUUCUUCAUGUUGAGAGGUAAUCACGAAUGUCGCCACUUGUCUGCCUAUUUCAACUUUAAACAAGAAUGUCUUUUCAAAUAUAGUGAUGAGAUCUAUGAUUGUUUCAUGAAUUGUUUUGAUUGCUUACCAUUGGGAGCUUUAUUGAACGGUAGAUUUUUGUGUGUUCAUGGUGGUCUUUCACCUGAUAUUAAGACAUUGGAUGAUAUUAAUGAUAUUGAUAGAUACCGAGAACCUCCAAGCAAUGGUCCAAUGUGUGAUUUAUUGUGGUCUGAUCCUAUGGAUGAUGAAGAAGAAGAGAUUAAUCCCGACAGUGAAUACGUAAAUAACGAAUUAAGAGGAUGUUCCUACGUUUUCAGCUUUGAGGCCGUUAAUAGCUUCUUGAAGGAAAAUAACUUGCUCUCUGUUAUCAGAGCUCACGAAGCUCAAGAUGAGGGCUAUCGUUUAUAUAAGAAGGGUCCAUCUACAGGUUUUCCAACUGUUAUUUGCAUUUUCUCUGCUCCAAACUAUUGUGAUGUUUAUAAUAACAAGGGUGCUAUCAUUAGAUUCCAAAAUAACUUGAUGAACAUUAGACAAUUUAACUGUUCUGCUCACCCAUACUUCUUACCUAACUUUAUGAACACAUUUAACUGGUCCUUACCAUUUGUUGUUGAAAAGGUCAUGGACAUGUUCAAUGUUAUUUUGAACUUGUGUGAUGAACAAGAAGAUGCUGACUCUGAUACUGAAGAACCAACUUUGGGUCAAACAAGUAUUACUCCAGAAAGAGCUGAUCUUAUUAAGACUAAGAUUCGUAGUGUUGGUCGUCUUUGCAGAAUGUAUACCACUUUGAGAGAAGAACAUGAAUCGAUAGUUAUGCUUAAGGGUUUGGCUGGUGGUGUUUUACCAAGAGGAUUACUGUCACAAGGUCCAAACGCUAUUCGAAAUGCUAUUAUUGAUUUUGAAACAGCUAGAAAACUUGAUGAAUAUAGACUGUUAUAUCAGAUCCGCUAG